CUCCUUCAUCUUCCCCAAGAACCUUGAAUGUUUUUUCUUAACGCUGCUCAUCUGAUCGAUUAAAGGAAUUCAAUUUCUCAUACCCAAAAUGAAUCUGAGUGAGAAGACAAGAGUUGAUGAAGAGUGGAUUGGGAAGCUAUUGAGUUUAGAGUUCUUUGGGAUAUGUAUGGAUCAUAAGUAUCUUCGAAAGAAUGAGAAGAAUGUCUUUUGCAUUGACUGUAACGUCGAAAUCUGCAGGCAUUGUUGCAACACAGAAGCUCAUUUUCUCCAUCGUCGUCUUCAGAUCUGCAAAUAUGUUUAUCAAGAUGUUCUGCGCCUCCUCGAUAUUCAACACUACUUUGAUUGCUCCGAGAUACAGACAUACAAAAUAAACGGAGAAAAGGCAAUACAUUUGAAUUCGAGGCCACAAGCAAAAGAUGCAAGACCUUCAACAAAAUCCAAAAAUGCUGGUUCAUGCGUCACUUGUAAAAGAUAUAUUCAAGAUCGUCCUAAUCGAUUUUGCUCCAUCUCAUGCAAGAUUGCAUCAGCUCCUCUGAAAAAGCGUAAGUUAUGUUCCUCUUCAGAAGUGGAACAAAUUGUUUUGGAGAAAGAACAUUAUCAUCAAGAAGGAUUUUUAGAAGAGAAAAAAUCGUCCAUAUCAUCACUCACCGAUGUUUCAGAAGAUUCAGAAGCUUUAUUGAGUAAUUUUUCAUUGAGACCAUUCAUGAGACUAAUUAAGAGAAAAGGAAUUUCUCGAAGAUCUCCUCUUCAUUGAUUUUUUUUUCUUUUGUUUUUUCUGGAUUCUGUGUUCAAAGCCAUACAGUAUUUUCAUUUUAUAUUUUUUUGAAAAGGAUAUUAUAUCUGCUUUGUGCUAUCAGUAUUAUGUUUAAAAUAAU